AUGAAGGAAAAGUCCAAGAAUGCUGCGAAGACACGAAGAGAAAAAGAAAAUGGAGAAUUUUAUGAACUGGCCAAACUGCUGCCGCUGCCCUCGGCCAUCACAUCUCAGCUGGACAAAGCGUCCAUCAUCAGACUGACCAGCAGCUACCUGAAGAUGCGAGCCGUGUUUCCAGACGGUCUCGGAGAGGCCUGGGGUCAGGCAGCACGGGUCAGUCCUCUGGACCUCAUGGCCAAAGAUCUGGGGUCUCACCUGCUGCAGACGCUGGACGGGUUUGUGUUUGUCGUCGCGUCUGACGGUAAAAUCAUGUACAUUUCGGAAACAGCUUCGGUACACCUGGGUUUGUCACAGGUGGAACUGACCGGUAACAGCAUCUUUGAGUACAUUCAUCCAUCAGACCACGACGAGAUGAGCGCCGUGCUGAGCACACACCAGCCGCUGCACCCACACUUCCUGCAGGAGCUGGAGCUCGAGCGCUCGUUCUUCCUGCGGAUGAAGUGUGUUCUGGCGAAGCGGAACGCGGGACUCACGAGCGGCGGGUAUAAGGUGAUCCACUGCAGCGGUUACCUGAAGAUCCGUCAGUUCGUGAUGGACGUGUCUCUGUACGAGUCGUGCUAUCAGAUCGUGGGGCUGCUGGCGGUGGGUCAGUCUCUUCCUCCCAGCGGCUUCACCGAGAUCAAACUCCACAGCAACAUGUUCAUGUUCCGUGCCAGUCUGGACCUCAAACUCAUCUUCCUGGACAGCAGGGUGGCGGAGUUAACGGGUCACGAGCCGCAGGAUUUGAUUGAGAAGACUCUCUACCAUCACGUCCACGGCUGUGACGUGUUCCACCUGCGAUACGCACAUCAUUUACUGUGCGUGUGUGCGUGUGUGUGCGCGCGCGUGGCCAAACACGGCGGCUGGGUUUGGGUGCAGAGCUGCGCCACCAUUGUUCACAACAGCCGCUCGUCUCGGCCGCACUGCAUCGUCAGCGUCAACUACGUCCUCACGGAUGUGGAAUAUAAAGAGAUGCAGUUCUCUCAGGACCAGAGCAGAUCCAGACCGUCUCUCUUCUAUAAGAACUCGAGUCUCGCAGCUCCUCAGGACUCACGCAAACAGCUGAAAGCCAAAGCAGCCAAAAUCAAAAGCAAACCCAAAGCGGCUCCAUAUCCGCAGACCUUGCUGCAUGCUGAUAAACCGGAGUGUCCCUCGUGGAAGUCGGGCCCCUGCAGCCUGUCGUCCUGUCAGGAGCAGAGCCCCAUCUCACUGACGCAUGGCCCCGAGCCGUCCUACACAUACACACACACACAGGCCACCCCACACAUUCUCUCCUCGCUGCCGUCACGCAGAGAAGCUCCCUGGAGCUGCGGUGGAGCAAAUAAAGCUGCGGUACACCUGCAGACACCUGCACCCUGCAGCGCAUACUCAGGUGCGGUGCACGGCGGCUUCAGACCCGGCGGGGCGUUUAAAGAGGAACCCUGUCAGAACCGCAGCAGCAGAGGGCGAGAGGACGAGCGGGUCAGACAGCAUCAGGAGCUCCAGGGCUUCGGCCAGCAGCCGGCGCUGGAGAUGCAGAGACACAGGCUGUGUGUGACGAACACACCGUACGAGGACCGGAACCCCAGACUCUCGGAGCAGAACCACACGGAGGAGAAGAGGCUGCUGGGGGCACAGAGCCCUUACGUCUCUCUCAACCUCCACCACGUCUGGGCCAAACACGUCCCAUCAGGACCCUAUGCUCUCAGCCACUUAACGGACGCUUACCGGGGCGAGGAGGUGAACCCAUACCUGUACCGGACCCAAAGCCCCACGGCCGACGCACACCGCGGCGCUCCUCAUUACAUCGGCACGUCUGUCAUCAUCAGCAACGAGAGGUGACCCGCUCAGAACCGCUCGCCUGUCCCGACCGCUUCUACUGCUUAUGCAGAACUACAGACCUUGUGUUCACACACACAGCAGUGUCGCCUGAAGGAGAGUCAGGAAGAUCUGUUUCUACACGAUGAGCAGCCGGGAUACUACAGCCAGGAGAGAACGCGUUUCGGGCAUUCAGGGUCUCCACAUGAACCUUAUAUUUGCUGCACAUUAUUGUUCACUAAACUCAGAUAUGCAAGACAUAACCAUCCACGUGUUUUUGUGCCAACAU